GAAUUGUCUCUGAGAGCCGAGCUGAUUGGACUUUAGGCUUCUAGUGAGUUAAACGCUAUGAAAGGAAGUGAGCUUUGACCAAACCUUGCUCCUGGCUCACAAAAACUCUGGGCUACUGGCGAUUAAAAGAUCACAAAACACAAGCAUGUAGGACAGAGCGUUCCAACCUGGACAGAGGUGUUCUGGCAGCUAUGGCAUCGUCUGACACUCAAAGAAAAAGAGUGGCUGUUAUCGGUGGUGGUUUGGUUGGAGCACUCAAUGCAUGCUUUCUGGCAAAGAGGAAUUUUCAAGUUGAUGUGUAUGAAGCUAGGGAAGAUAUUCGAGUAGCUAAAUUUACACGUGGAAGAAGCAUUAACUUGGCCCUUUCUUAUCGAGGACGGCAGGCCUUGAAGGCCAUUGGUCUAGAAGAUCAGAUAGUUUCCAAAGGUGUGCCCAUGAGAGCCAGAAUGAUCCACUCUCUCUCGGGAAAGAAGUCUGCAAUCCCCUACGGGAACAAGUCACAGUAUAUCCUUUCAAUAAGCAGAGAAACCUUAAACAAGGACCUACUGACUGCUGUGGAGUCAUACCCCAAUGCGAAGGUGCACUUUGGCCACAAGCUGUCGACAUGCAGUCCUGAAGAAGGGCUUGUCACCGUGAUUGGACCUGACAAAGUUCCCAGAGAUGUCACCUAUGACCUCAUUGUCGGAUGUGAUGGAGCCUACUCAACCGUCAGGGCCCACCUCAUGAAGAAGCCUCGCUUUAACUACAGUCAGCAAUACAUCCCUCACGGGUACAUGGAGCUGACAAUCCCACCUCAGAAUGGAGAGUAUGCCAUGGAACAUAAUUAUCUUCACAUUUGGCCUAGAAAUGCCUUCAUGAUGAUCGCCCUUCCGAACAUGGACAAGUCUUUCACAUGCACCUUGUUCAUGUCCUUCGAAGAGUUUGAGAAACUUGCCUCGAGUCACGAUGUGCUGGACUUCUUCCGGAAGAACUUUCCAGAUGCCAUCCCUCUGAUGGGAGAGCAAGCCCUCAUGACAGACUUCUUCCUGUUGCCCGCCCAGCCCAUGAUAUCGGUGAAGUGCUCUCCCUUCCACUUGAAGUCACACUGUGUGCUGAUGGGAGAUGCGGCCCACGCCAUUGUUCCAUUUUUUGGCCAAGGAAUGAAUGCGGGCUUUGAAGACUGCUUAGUAUUUGAUGAGUUAAUGGACAAAUUCAAUAGUGAUCUUGGUAUUUGCCUUCCUGAAUUCUCAAGAUUUAGGAUUCCAGAUGACCAUGCAAUUUCAGACCUAUCGAUGUACAAUUACGUGGAGAUGCGAGCGCACGUCAACUCGAGGUGGUUCCUGUUUCAAAGGCUCCUAGAUAAAUGCCUUCAUGCUGUUAUGCCAUCUACCUUUAUCCCUCUCUAUACCAUGGUCGCCUUCACCAGAAUAAGAUAUCAUGAGGCAGUGCUGCGCUGGCAUUGGCAAAAAAAGGUGAUAAACAAAGGACUCUUUGUCCUUGGAUCCCUGACAGCCAUUGGAAGUGCCUACCUGCUUGCGUACUACCUGUCCCCAAGACGUGUGAAAUUUUUGAGAAGACUAGCCUGGCCCGGAACCACUGGCUACUGGAACAGGAGCACAGACAUUUCCCUACAAGUUCCAUGGAGUCAUUAGGACAAAUUCCCUGUUUCACUAACCAGGGCAACAAGAUUCUGGCUAGGAAAUGUUUGGUGUCUCUUCAAAAUCAAGGACGAAAAGCAUGUUUCCACUGCAAUAUUUAAUUCACUACUGAAAAAUAAUAGUCAGCAGAUAAUUAAGCUCAGUGCAGAGUUUCUGUGUAUUUGUCAGAUGAGGGAGGGGAGAAUGCUGUUUUCGAAGUGUUUCCAAUCACUUUGCAUACUUGGGCGGGGCCAUUUUAAAUUUAAAAUGCAACAACCAAGGUCUCUUUCACUUCUCAAAAACAUUUUUUUUUCCUAUAAAGGACAUUAUAGGAUCAACACCACUCAAGGCUGGAAACCGCGGCUUGCCCAGUGCUGCUUCCUCUUUGUAGCAGCAGAUGCAGCUUGCCUAAGCACAGGUUCAUAGCCACUUGCUAAACACAGAGGCUGAAUGAGAGUCAGGGUGUUCCGAGGAGUUCUAGGAUAAAUCUGUUUUAUUUCCCCAUUCCCAGACACCAGAACUACUGCCUCUGGAAGAUAAGAGAAGGGCUAUUAAUGGCAUCCUUAAGUGAAGGACAAGAAAGUGUUCCUGUUAGUAAUAAAUAUAUACAAGGGUGGAGAGGAGGUGGGAAGGUGUUUUCCAGAAGCAUGGCGACACAUGUGCUUCCAUUUUGGACACACAGAAGUGAUUCCUUGACCAUCACACU